GACUUGUUUGCACUGGGCAUGUAAACGGAACCACGCUCCGGUGGUGGCUUACCUGCUGCACGCUGGUGCUGACAAGGAGAUCCUCACAAAGAAAGGAGAAAGGCCAGCCCAGUUAACAUCAAAGAGAGAGAUAAGGAAGAUGCUGGGAGUGGAAGAUGAUGAACUGCCAGACUUCAAGAAAGAGUCAGAUCUGCCAAUCAUCCCUAAUUAUUUGGCUAACCCACCUUUCCCUUACGUUUAUAACACCAUGAAUAACAGUAUUCCAGAUCCCUCCAUGAAUGGGAGUAUCUCACACUUAGAACCACGAGAUACCGACUCUGCUUCCUUACCUGAUGUGGAGACUUACGCGCGUGCACCGCUACACCAUGGGAAUGCUGCUCCUGAGGUGGCUCAUACUGCAGGCACACCAUCACUGCCCCGCGGGGGUACUGUACCUCCACACACAAAACCUGUACUUCAGAGAGCUCCAGUUUACCAGGGAUCUGUGUCUUGGAGCAGAAGUGCCCCUUCGCCUGCUGGAUCAAAUCAGUCUGUGCCUCAGCAAGAGAAUGGCUCCUGUAUGGGAGCCAGCGUGCCAGCGUUUCAGCCUGUUUUCUUCACUGGAGCUUUCCCACUUAAUAUGCAAGAACUGGUGCUUAAAGUUAGAAUACAAAACCCUAAUCUCAGAGAAAAUGACUUCAUUGAAAUUGAGCUGGACAGGCAAGAACUGACCUAUAAGGAAUUGCUCCGAGUGAGUUGCCGUGAGCUGGGUGUUAACCCUGAGCAUGUACAGAAGAUCAGAAAAUUACCAAAUACAAUGUUAAGAAAGGACAAAGAUGUGGCAAGGCUACAGGAUUUCCAAGAACUGGAGCUUGUUCUAACAGUAAGCGACAAAAACUUACUUUUCAGAGUCCCAACACUUUCUGAACGGAGUGGUUAUAACAAGAAGGCAUCAGAACUUACAUAUUAAUUGUUUAAAGAAUAAAACAGAAGAUUUGUAGCUCUCAUUUUAAAAUUACGUUUGAAAUACAGUCACUAUAAGGGCUAAUCAUGUAAAAAGAUCUAUUUUGUUAACCAUGAAGUAAGUUGUUAUGCA